AUGGACUUGUGCCAAGAACAGUAUAAAAUUAGUGAAGAAAUUGCAGAAGCCUUAUUGACACGCCCUCCGGCUAUAGUUGAAAUUAUUGACGAAGCGGCUUUGAAAGUUUUGGCCAAAUUUGCGGAACAGAGCGGCCAAAACUUCUUUGAGGUAGGUUAACUAUAAGGCCUUGUUAUAUAUUUUAUAUAAGGGUUUUUGAACAUUGGGUUGAGGUGGUUUGAGAUUCGAGGUAUUUUAUUCAUCAUGAGCUUCUGCUAGGUAGUGAUGGACGAAAUUAAGUGUUUCUGGAAAUGUUUAUUAUCAAAUUGUGUGAUUUAUAACUCAAGUGAAAGCAUAAAGUCUGUGCUACAAGAUUGUGUUAGGUUUAAAAGAAAAAAGAAAUAUAGGAUCUCACAAUUUUAUGUGCAAUUUCACCUAUUCCUAGUGUAAUAUAGACAAUUCUUGCAAAGAAAAAAAUUCUUUGAGCUGUUUGUGGUAUGUCGUUUUAUGAGCCGCUAAAAAUUUCGUAAGCUAAGCAUCAAACUUAAAACAAAAUUUUUUUUAAGUAUGAGAAAAUUUGUUCACUGUGAGCUUCUAAAGAUUAGGUAGUGCAGGACAAAAUUAAGUGUAGUAGAAAAGGUUAUUACCAAAAUAUCUUAUAUGUAGCUUAAAUGAGCUAAAGUCUUAGCAACAAGAUAGUACUAAUUUCUCAAGAAAAAAGUUAUAUAGGAUAUUACAAUUUUGAGUUAAAUCCCACCUAUUUCCGAUGCUAAUUUAUAGGUUGUAUAAAAAGUGUUGAGCUAUUAGAUUUUUUUGCUCAAUAACAGCAAUUUAUUUAAAAAAAAGUAAUUUUGGCACAAUGAGCCUAAAGUUUUUCAAGCUUUUUGAUGCCGGUAAUUGAAAAUUCAGAACUUCUGGAGCCAAAGAUAGUUUUGGUGGCCUUUUUGAUAUUCUUAUAGAAAAGAUUUUUUCAAAUAAGAAAGAAAUAGUUUACGUGUAAUCUUAAGUUUGGUAUAAUGUGACAAGUAACUCUUUAUUUUCAGACCCUAAACGCAAAUUCAACCCAAUGGCCGACGAUAAAGGAAAGCCCAAAUCAAGUUCGAGAAGAGUGUAAAGCAUUGGUCAGAGAGGUUCAGGCUUUGGAUGAAAAUUUACAAGUUUUGGUAGGUUUAUAUUUUUAAAUUGUCAAAAUGUGACAUUUUUUGGGAUUGUAAACCAUUUUAAUAAUUGCUAAAUUCCUGGCUAGCGAUGUAUGAUUAGACUUGUAAAAGGGCUGGACCCAAUUUUUCUGUCAGGAUGUUCAUACUUUUUAGCAUUUUGCUUUUUAGUCUACAAUCAAACCUUGUUUUCAGAUGGACGACAGCACGAAGAAAGAGCGAACUCCAGAUUCGAUGCGAAGCCUCAGCCAACGCCGACUUCAACCCAACGCUGACGCGUUGAGUGGUGCCCUGGAACGAAUGUGGGCGGACGCAGUGGAAGAGUUCGCCGCCCCAAAACUCGAUUUCAAACGAUACUCGAUCAUUGGUUGUGUAAUAGACAAGUGCCUGCGGCUCUUCUUGGAAUGGGUCCGCAAAAACAGCUUUAGCCGGUCCGGCGUCCAACAGAUCCAAGUCGACAGUUUCUACCUAAAACAAACGUUGUGGCGCUUUGUGUCAGAUGAAAUGGCCAUGAAUGUGCUGAUCGAUGAAGCCUUAACCGCUGCUGUGAAUUUGUGUGAAGAUCCAAAGCUUUUGGAACCGGCCAAUGUCAAGGAGAUCUGCAAUCGCGCUGUUUGA